AUGGCUCCCACCCUUCGGAAGAGCACCCAAGACAAGACCCAAGCCAGUGCCGAUGCUGCAAUUAAGAAAGGUUUCGUACGCAGACCUCCACCUCGAAGGCCCGGUAGGGCUCCACUGCCUCGCCACAAGCGCUAUGCGAGUACCAAAGGUCUAGUCAACUUGAAGAAGACCUGGGGCUUGCAGCAUAUCACGAUCGCCAAUGCCAAUUCCCCUCUGCUUCGCCUGCCACCAGAAUUCCGUAACAUGAUCUUCAAGUACACGUUGACGUCCAAGGUGCGCCUCAAGAUGUACUUCAACAGUGUCCGCCGGUACUCGAGGAGCGGUUUCUCUACACGUCCACCGCGGUCCGCCGUCAGACAGCUCGGCAUGCGACUGCCUGAAGUGUGUCGACAGAUUUACUCUGAGACAGCCACUCUUGUUUACAGGAAGAAUACUUUCUCUUUCGCCGUCGAGCUAGGAAUGAGAACUUGGCUGAAGAAGCGAUUGCCAGCUCAGCUUGAAGCCAUCGAGCGCCUUGAACUUCUGGAAGGGGAUACCAAGGACAGAGAUAGGGUCUGCAAGGAGCUGAGGGAGACUGUCUGCCCAAACAUACGCUGUCUGAUCCACAAGUCUGACGCAGGCUUUGUUGGUAAGAUCGGUCGUAGACGUAUGGAUUGGGACAGCGACUACAUCAGUACAGAUGAUGAAGAGACAUGGGCUGAAUUUGGUGACGGUGAGGAUUGA